UGUCUGUGAUCUUAUUGGACUGAGUGGUGGAGGUGGUGGAUUGUUGUCAAAGUAUGAAGUAGUGAAGUUACACAAGAAAAUUAGGACGAAUAUUAUUUAAAUAAUUAUAGGUUCUUACUGUAAUUCGUCACGCAUAUUAGCACAAGGUACAUUUUGUCAAUUCAGAAUGAAUUUUAACUUUGGAAGUGCUUCAAAAUCAGGAGGAGGUUUUACCUUGCAAAAUGCUGCACCACCUGCAACCACCACCACAACCGCAGGUGGUGCAGAUGCAACUGCUUCAAAACCAUCAGGUUUAGGGCUGCAGCAAAAGACCACCACAGCUGUUACUGCCCAGUCAUCAAGUACGCCUGGUUUUUCCCUCACAGCAAGUACAACCACAUCAUCAGCUGCAUCUCUUCCACAGUCUAUCCUAGCAACUAGCACUGUUGUAUCCAGUGUUCCAUCAGGUACAAGCACAUCCCUCAACUUUUGUCAGCUGGAAGAGAGCAUUAAUAAAUGGACUCUAGAGCUAGAAGAGCAAGAGAAAGUAUUCAUGAAUCAGGCUACAGAGGUGAAUGCAUGGGAUCACCUUUUGAUUGGCAAUGGAGAAAAGAUUGUUGAUUUAAAUAAUGCAGUGGAACGAAUGAAACUUGAACAACAGCAGUUGGAUAAUGAAUUAGAUUUCAUCUUGGCACAGCAGCGAGAGUUGGAGGAGUGUCUUGCUCCACUAGAAAAGGAACUGGGCUCCAAUGGGGUAGCUGAUCCAGAGAGGGAACACAUAUACCAGAUGGCUGAAAACAUGGAUACUCAAUUGAAACAAAUGUCUGAAGAUCUGAAAGAAAUUAUUGAGCACCUAAAUGAGACAAAUCGAACACAAGACAUCAGUGAUCCUAUUGUUCAGAUUGGACGCAUACUGAAUGCACACAUGAAUUCACUGCAGUGGAUUGACCAGAACACAGCUCUGAUUGCAACACACUUAGAGCAGGUGUCAAAAUUGCAUGAUGCUCACAGGAGGGAGAAUGAGAGAUCUUUUCAUCUAACUUAUGAUUAAGGACUUCAUGUACCUCGUGUGUCAUGUAUAGACAUAUGCAGAAGGAUAUGCUGCAGAAUACCAUACAGUAAAGCUUCUGCAGUAGGAGGACAUCCUGAAACAAACACAAUGAAGGCCAAGUGAAUUAAUUACUAUACUUACACAAAUUUAAGUGACAAGCUAGAUCUUCAGUUGCUGUAUCUUUCUUGGUAUUAUAAUCAGCAAACAACUUGGCAUGUGAGUAACAUCAAUUCCAGGAAAUUGAUAGCGAACCUACUGGAAACUGAAAAUGCAUUUGAUUCUAGACUUGACUGCAGAAAUUGCUAUCCAGAUCUGAAACCUCUUUACAGCAAGGUAGCAAGGUGUGGCCAAGACUUCCACUGCAAUCAUUACCAUGGUCACUCACAUGCCAAGUAAUUUGCCCGUGGUUAUAAUCUUCAAAAUCUGUAUUCUUUCACUUACAGGAUGACCUGGUCAAUUAUUACCCUUUGAUUCGGCUCCAGUUUUGCAGCAUGGUAGUCAACUUUCCUCUAACUUUUUGACCAAAAUAUUAGGUGUAGAUACUGUGUUUCUUUGUAAUACAAGCAACUCUCGGUUUAUGAACGAGUUCUAUUCCAAGACGUUCGUUAUGCGGUUUUGUUUGUUAUGUGUAUCUUGCAUUCCUGAGCUUUUACGAUACGUAUCUUUUAUGUUAACAGCCAUUUUAAAGCAUUAAAACCAUGUACUAAACAUUGAAUGGUCUAUACAAUACGUUUACAAUACAUUAUAAUAGGGGGAAUCACCGAUUUAUUUCCAAGAAAACAUUCUACGCAGUGUGGCAUGUAAACCAACGUUUUUUUAUUGGCUAGAUUAGUUUUAUU